ACUUUUGAAACAGAGGAAUUAUUAAGUUCCCUGUUUCGAUGGCACAUGAAGAGGAAGAAGAUGGCCCUGUAUACACCUUGGAAGAAGCACUUACAGCAGUUGGAAUUGGCAAAUUUCAGUAUAUGGCAAUGUGUUAUGCAGGUCUUGGUUUCAUUGCAGAUGCAGUUGAGACUAUGAUUCUCUCUUUUAUAGGACCUGCUUUAAGGUCCCAAUGGACACUUUCUUCUACUCAAGAAAGCCUUAUGACUACUGUCGUUUUCGCUGGCAUGUUUAUCGGAGCUAUUUUUUGGGGAUUCAUCACGGACUGUUAUGGAAGAAGGAAGGGUCUUUUAAGUAUAGCAAUAGUGAGUGCAGUAUGUGCAGCGCUCAGUACUUUUUCUCCAAAUUAUAAUUCGUUGCUUGCUGUGCGUAUGAUGGUUGGAGUUGGAGUUGGUGGUGUACCUGUUUAUGGAUCUUGGUUUCUUGAAUUUGUGCCUUCACAAAACAGGGGAAUGUGGACGAUUAUCUGUUCAGGUUUUUGGACAAUUGGAACAAUACUUGAGGCUUUAUUAGCACUGAUGAUUAUGCCAAGAUUGGGUUGGAGGUGGCUACUGGCUUUAUCAUCCAUACCAUCAUUUUUAGCACUUUUGUUAUUUGUAUUUACAGUAGAAUCUCCUAGAUAUCUGUGUGCCAUGGGUCGAACAAGCGAUGCCUGUGAUAUUUUGAAGAAAAUAGCUGUGGUGAAUAAGACACAACUUCCUCCUGGCAAGCUUGUCUCUUCCCAACUGACUGAGGAAUUGCUUUCUCCUGGAAAAAACAAAAUUUCAAGUGUUAAAUCAGGCUUCUCAUACUUACUGGUGCUUUUGUCCCCUGCAUUACUUAGAAAUACCCUCCUCAUAUGGGUGGCUUUUAUUGGAACUAAUUCCUCAUAUUAUGGCAUUAUAUUGCUGACCUCUCUGUUUAGCAGUGAACAAUGCCAACACUCGUCAACUGCUUUGCACACGAACGAUGAUCAGAGCCUUUAUACAAAUGUGCUCAUCAAUAGUCUUGCAGAGAUCCCUGGGUUUCUUUUAUCAGCUAUAAUGGUGGAGAAAGUUGGCCGGAAAUUCAGUAUGGCAGUUAUGUAUGCUCUAUACUUCCUAUUCCUUUUACCACUUCUUGCACCUCAACUGUCUGCUUUGACUACUGCCUUGCUAUUUGGUGCUCGUGCUUUCAGCUCCGGAAGCUUCCUCAUUGUGGGAGUCUAUUGUCGAGAGAUAUAUCCAACAUCUGUAAGGUCAACUGGUAUUGGAGUUUCAACUUCUGUGGGAAAAAUAGGGGCCAUGCUUUCUCCUAUCAUUGCGGUGCAAUUGGUAAGAGGGUGCCAUCAAAUGGCUGCAAUCAUAUGUUUCGAAGCAGUUGUAGUUUUAUCAGCAGCCAGUGUUCUGCUCAUUUCAGUAGAGACAAAGGGUAGGGUACUAUAUGACACUCUUGGUGUCUAA